AUGGCCCUGAAAUUGGGAGCAUCUGUGGGCGAGGUGAUUGAGGUUGAUUUUGGAGUCAAUGACAGUUGGAUGGGGCCUUUUCUUCGUAUCCGAAUUGGAUUGGACAUCACGAAGCCCCUCCGGCGUGGUGUCAAAAUCAAGCAGAGAGUGUCGGAUGUUGGGAUUUGUCGGGAUGUUUUGGGGGAGAUUGGUGUGGAGGUUAUUAAUCGGCAAAAUCAGCUGCUUCUAAAGUGGUUCAGUCAUGAAAAGGUGGAACUGGCUUUCCGUCAGAUUGGGCCCCAUAAGGCUUCUGGGCCUGAUGGCUUCUCCGGGGCUUUCUAUAGAUCUUUUUGGGAUGUAGUGGGGCUGGAUGUUAUCCAUUGCUGUUUAGAGGUUUUAAAUAACAUGGUGUCACCGGCUCCUCUUAACGAGACUCUGAUUGCGUUGAUUCCAAAAGUAGAGUGUCCUUGGAGGAUCACCGAAUUCAGACCUAUAUCGCUAUGCAAUGUUUGUUAUAAGAUUAUCUUGAAGGCUAUUGUGAAUCGUAUGAAGCGCUUACUAGGAUUGAUCAUUUCUUGUAAUCAGAGUGCAUUUGUUCCAGGGAGAUGUGUGGUUGAUAAUGCGAUCAUCGGGUAUGAGUGUGUCCACUCCAUUAGGAGUGAUGCGUCGUAUGGGUUUUGCUGGUGCAUGGGUGGAGCUGAUUAUGCCUUAGGGUUUGUCCUGUUUGCUGUAGAGGGCGGUUUGUCGGAAGCUUCUCUCGGGGUUCACCUUAUCUCGGGGGGUCCUCAUAUAUCCCAUUUAUUUUUUGCUGAUGAUAGUCUGUUUUUCUUUCGCGCGUCGACAGUGGAAGCAGACAGAGUAAAAGGUAUUCUUGGUGCUUAUGACCAAGCCUCAGGCCAAACCAUUAAUUUUGAAAAAUCUGUCACUUCUUUUAGCCCAAAUACCCCACUUUCUGUAAUGAUUGUUGUUGAGUCAUCCAUUGGGUUGGAAGGGGUGCCUUUUUUUCAAUUUGUGGGAAGGAAGUACUCCUUAAAGGCCAUAAUCCAAGCUAUUCCAUCUUACUCAAUGAAUUGCUUUAAGCUCCCUGUUGGUCUUUUGCAUGAUACUAGUAUGGCGAUGGCCCGUUUUUGGUGGGGCGAAUUUAAUGAGGAUAAUCGUAUACAUUGGGGGUGGAGAAUCAUGAGGGAUUCAUCUUCUUUACUGGCUUUAGCUCUGAAAGGUCGGUAUUUUAAAAACAAAACGUUUUUGGAUGCAGAUGUUGGUUCCAAUCCAUCAUAUAUCUGGCGGAGCUUAUUACGGGGACGAUCAAUCCUUCAGUCUGGGCUUAGAUGGCGGGUUGGAGAUGGUUUGAAUGUUCCCAUUUAUGGCUCAAACUGGAUCCCGAGAGAUGGUAACUUACAUGUGCAUUCUCCUCCUCGCCUCCCUUUGUCUAGCAUAGUUUCUACUCUCAUAAGUGCUUCUGGAGGUUGGAAUGAGGGGAUUAUUCGUGGUGCUUUUGAUGAAGGUGAGGCGAGUUUGAUCUUGCGUAUUCCGGUUGGAGUUGACACGACGAGUGAUAUGCGAAUCUGGCAUUAUGAUUCGAAGGGGUUGUUUACGAUCAAAAGCAGAUAUUGGGUCGACCAAUCUCGACUUCUUUGCCGGGUUUCGUCGGCAUCCAGCUCAGAUGUGAGAAGUGAGGAUCUCCUUCAUACGCUCUGGUUCUGUAAAGUGGUUGUUCGAGUUUGGAAGGCGUCCAGGGUCCGUUACCAAUUACCGCAGGUGGUAAGGUCGACGAUUAUGACUUUCUUGUGGGAUUGUAAGGAGGUUUUGGAUUGGGAUGAUAUGAGAGAGCUAGCUGUGAUCCUUUGGGCUAUUUGGAGUUUGAGGAACGAUUGGGUUUUCAAUAAGGUGAGCAGGCAUGUUCCAGAGGAUAUUGGAAGCUGGGCAGCGGCUUUUAUGCAAGAAUUUCGUCGCGCAAACGCUCGUACUCUGGAUGACAUUUCUUGUCAUGUUUCUGCCUCCUUCGCCUGUUUGUUGGAGACCUCCUCCGGAAGAGAUUGUCGGGGUCAGGUGAUGCUCUCGGCUGCGACAAGGGUGUUGGAUAUGGCAAAUGUAGAUCUAGCAGAGGCGUCGGCGGCUAAAUGGGGUCUUGAUCUGGCGCGGGAUAUGGGUCUCAAUUCUAAAGAUGGACUCCCUUCGGAUUGUCCAAUCGCUGCAGUCGGUUGA